AUGUUUUCUUUGAGAUCUUCACUCCUUGUGCUUCCGGCCUUGCUGGCGUGCGCUUCAUCAGAAGAUGCUGAUCGGCGCCUGAUCUACAGUUACGACAACUCGGACAGUCAAACGCCCUGGGGUCGUUUCGCAGGCGGAUUUCCUUACCUUGUCUCCAUCCGGUACAACGGCAAUCACCAGUGUGGAGGGACCUUGAUCCGCGCCAACUGGGUGCUCUCUGCUGCACACUGCUUCUACAGUUCUCCCACGCAGGUCUCCAAGUUUCAGGUGCGAUAUUUGGCAUCUACAACGGCCAACGAUUACACUUUGUCGAACAUUGACCUGAUCGUCGUGCACCCGACCUACCACAUGGUGACCCUGGAUGAUGACAUCGCCCUCAUUCGCUUGUCGACAGCUGCCCCUUCAACGAAACCACUUGCACAGCUCGAGCAGACCUACACUGUGCACAGUGGGAAGCAGGCACUUAUUGCAGGCUGGGGAAGCCUCGAUGCUGCGGGUACCCAGUACGCGGAUGUCUUGAAGGAGGGACCAACCCAAAUUGUGGCGCGUACUCACUGUGAAGCUGCCAACCAGCCGCUUGGUAAAGACUGUGGAAUUGAUUCAGGCAAGGUGGAGGAAGUUCAAUGGUACCGAGUUCAUCUGCAACGACCUGAUUAA